AUGUCGUCCUCCGACUCCAAACACAGUUCCGACCUCAAGGUGGAGGAUGUUGAGAAGGUUAAGGCUCCCGCUCUCGAUGCUCAUUAUGACCCUGCUCUUGUAAAGAAAACUUUACGACGUAACGACCUACGGAUUUUACCUUUGCUCGGAUUCCUCUAUGCCGUUGCCCUCAUUGACCGGACUAAUCUUGGUAUUGCCCGCAUUGCCGGAAUGGAGGUGGACUUGAAACUCUACAUCGGCGAGCGCUACAGUAUCGCAUCAAUGUCAUACUUCAUUCCAUACAUUCUUCUGCAAGUUCCCGGAAAUCUCCUGCUGAGAAAAAUUGGCGCUCGCAACUGGUUGACGAUCUGUGUUGUGGGAUGGGGUGCUGCUCAGUUGGGGAUGGGUUUCGUUCCAACAUGGGGCUGGCUCGUCUUUUGCCGUGUCUGGCUAGGUGUCUUCGAGGCUGGUUUCUUUCCUGCUUGUGUGUUCAUCAUUAGCACCUGGUACAAACGCCAUGAAGUGCAGAAGCGUCUUGCUAUCUUCUACCUUUCUUCCCUAGUCAUCACCUCCUUCAGCUCUAUCUUUGCUUACGCCUUGACACUCCUCAAGGGAAAGGGUAACUUAAAUGGUUGGGCUUGGAUCUUCGUCAUCGAAGGUGUCAUUACCAUCGUCCUCGGCGUCCUGGCUUACCUCUUCAUCCCCGACUUCCCUGAUAAGGCUACCUUCUUGAGCCCCGAGCAGCGCAAAAUGGUGCUCGAUCGUGUGGAAGCUGAUCGUGGUGAUUCCAUUCCCGACGAAAUCACAAGAGCUAAGGUUUUCAAACAUCUUACUGACCCUCUGGUGUGGGCAUAUGCUUUCAUGUUCCUGGCUUCAACCGUUCCCGCCUAUGCGAUCGGUUUCUUCAUCACAAUCAUCCUUUUCAGCAUGGGUUACACCUUAACCGAGGCUUUAUGCUUGACCGCACCUCCGGGCAUCGCUGCCGCUGUCUCCGUCUACAUCUUUGCCCACAUCUCUGACAAGACGAAGAGGCGUGCUAUCUGGCUUGCCAUGCAGAAUCUCAUGUGUAUCACGGGUCUCCUGAUCACGGCCUACGCCAACGCCAAUGGCGUCCGUUACUUCGGCCUGUUCCUUGUCAAUGCUGGCGCGUCAGGAUGUGUGCCCGGAGUUCUUGCAUAUAGCUCAAAUAACAUGACAAGCCACAGUAAGCGUGCAGUUCAGACCGCCAUCAUUGUCGCUGCUGGCGGUAUUGGUGGAAUUAUCGCCACCACUGCCUUCCAACAAAAAGAUUACCCCAGAUACAUCCCCGGUAUGUGGGUCACCAUCGCCUUCCAAUUCGCCAUGAUCGGUCUGCUCGGCGUCACGACCUUCGUCCUCCACCGCCGCAAUCAGCUCCGUCGGGAAGGCAAGAUCGGUCCUUUGGAGGGCACAGAAGACUUCUACUAUACGCUGUAG